AUGGCCGCGCCUAUCAAACAAGAACCUGGAGCUGCGCCCUUCAUCAAACCUGAUCCAGAUAGCAAGGAAGACCUUGCAGGACUGUCAGACGACGACCUAUACGAAGACACAGGAGACCUAGACUUUACACAAGCAGGACAGAAUGUGUGGCUAACGAGGAUACCGACAGACUUGUGGAAGCACUGGUCGCAACUAGAUGAUGACGAGGAGAUUCAGAUCGGCACUGUCCGAGUGGAGGGCGAGGCUCACGACAUCAAACGGAUCAGUCUGCGGUUGAAUGAUAGCCCCCACAGUACGGACAUCCCGAAAGAUUACAUCCUCCAGCGACAAAACGUCGACCCCAAAAGUGGUUCAUUCGCGGUACAGAACAGUUAUAUAUUUAGCGAAAAGGACCUACCCGGCCACAAAAACAAGGUUGAUGAGAUGUUUGGCGAGACGCGCUCUAUGCUAUACGAGUCUAUGAAAAGGGAGGCGCGAAAGAAAGCGACCAAGAGGAAAUGGGAGCCAUAUGUGCGAAAGACGAUACCUAAGCAAACGGCGCUUGUUGGAAAGGUUGCAGAUGAGUUUAACUGUAUGCCAGUCGAAAACGCAGAAUAUCAGCGCAUAUCCGAAGCCAAAGCCUUGAAGGCGCUUGAGCCGAGAGGAAAGGUGCGUCUGAUUGAUAUCAGACAACACAAGGGACCGAACGUCAGAGAAGUUGCUGCCGGAACUGUCGGUGGAUUUGUGCAACAAGCCAAACCCGUCAAAGCUCGUACCCAAGAAAAUAAAGCUACCCGUCGCGAGCGAAACGUGCUUUUGGACGAAAUCUUUGGCCUCUUUCGCGAGUAUUCUCACUGGAAAUUCGCGGAUAUCAAAGCCAGGACAAACCAGCCCGAACAAUACCUCAAAGAGACCCUGGAAAUGGUUGCCCAUCUCGUCAGAACCGGCGACUUUGCCAUGACAUGGGAACUGAAACCGGAAGCUAGAGAAACGAAUUAUGCGAAUAUCAUAAUGGGCCAAGUAGGCGAAGAGAACGGCGCAAUGAAAAUGGAGCAGGAUGAGGAAAUGGGGGGUACCUCGGAUGUUGAAGAUGUGCAAUUUGAGAAUGUUUGA